CUGGUAUUUCCUUCAGGAAAUGCAUAUUCUAGUUAGACUUUACAUUUGUUUGGGAAACUGGUCAAUACACCUGCUACUAAUGUAAUAUGUGAGCGUGCUUAACACAUAUCUGAAGAUCAGGGAAACGCGUUGCAGGGGUAGUUUAUGGAAGAGUGUUUGAUACAAAGUCCAAGGUUCACCUUAAACCUUGCCUGUCACGAGAAGCUGUUUUCAAACAACAGAGAGACGUCUCAGAAACAUGGAGAAAACGGGAGAGCGAGCCGAGAGGAAAGAAAGGCUGACUCUUGUCUUGGCAUUGGCAACACUCGUCUCCACUUUUGGCUCCUCUUUCCAGUAUGGUUACAAUGUUGCAGUGGUCAACUCCCCGACCCCAUACAUGAAGAUGUUCUACCAGCAUGCAUAUGAACUUCGCUAUGGAGCAGUAAUGGACAGCAGCCUCCUGACCCUCCUGUGGUCCCUGACUGUCUCAAUGUACCCGCUUGGAGGGUUCUUUGGAUCUCUCAUGGUAGGCCCUUUGGUCAACAAAUUAGGAAGAAAAGGAACCCUCCUCUUCAACAACAUCUUCUCCAUAGUCCCUGCGAUAAUGAUGGGGUUGAGUGAGGUGGCCAACUCCUACGAGAUGAUCAUUGUCGCCCGCUUUUUAGUGGGCAUCUGUGCAGGCCUCUCUUCCAAUGUGGUGCCCAUGUACUUGGGGGAACUCGCACCGAAAAAUCUAAGGGGUGCCAUUGGCAUAGUGCCCCAGCUUUUCAUCACCAUUGGCAUCCUUACUGCCCAAGUGUUUGGCAUACGGUAUAUCUUGGGCAACCGAGAAGGCUGGCCCAUCAUGCUGGCCCUCACUGGGGUCCCGGCGGUGCUGGAGCUCCUGCUGCUGCCCUUCUUCCCUGAGAGCCCACGCUACCUGCUUAUCCAGAAAGGAGACGAGCACGCAGCCAGGAAAGCUCUGCAGCGCGUGCGUGGCUGGGACGACGUGGACGAGGAGCUGUCUGAGAUGCGUGAGGAGGACCAGUCGGAGAGGACGGAGGGGCGUCUGUCCAUCCUUAACCUCCUGUCCUUCCGCUCGCUGCGCUGGCAGCUUAUCUCCAUCAUCAUCAUGAACAUGGGCCAGCAGCUGUCCGGAGUCAACGCGAUUUACUAUUAUGCAGACAGCAUCUUCCUCUCUGCUGGUGUGAAGGAGAAUGACAUACAGUUUGUGACAGUUGGAACAGGAAGCGUGAAUGUCUUCAUGACCGUUGCAGCGGUAUUCAUAGUGGAGGCCUCGGGCAGGAAGCUGCUGCUUCUCCUUGGCUUCGCGAUAUGCUGUGUCGCGUGUUUUGUCCUGACCAUCGCCCUCAACUUUCAGGAGGGCCUGAGCUGGAUGCCCUAUGUCAGUAUUGCGUGUGUAAUCAUCUACGUCAUCGGACAUGCCAUUGGACCAAGCCCGAUCCCUUAUGUCAUCACCACAGAGAUAUUCCGACAGUCCUCCAGACCCGCUGCUUUCAUGGUCGCCGGCUCCGUGCACUGGCUCUCCAACUUCACCGUGGGCCUGGUCUUCCCCUAUCUUGAGGAGGGACUGGGGCCCUACAGCUUUGUCAUCUUCGGGGUGAUCUGUUUCAUCACUCUGGUCUAUAUCUGGGCGGUCAUCCCAGAGACCAAGAACAAAACCUUCCAGGGGAUCAGCCAGCUGUUCGCUAAGAGGAACAGGGUGGAGAUCAAGGUGGAAAAGGCAGAGAGCGAUACUAAAGAGGAGUGGGACAAAGUCACAGCAUUUUGAGAGGCACUGAGCCUUGAAGGACCAAAACUAUUUUGUUUAGCUAUGAAAUGGAAGCAUCUGAUAUGCAUUUAAUCAGGAUUUAUUUGUAUGUCCUGUGUCAUAUGUUGUGGGUGGUCAAGGGUAAUGUACUGAAAAGUACCCAUGAGCAGCUCAGAAAAUUACUAAAAUAUACAAACUUGCUAGUGUCGGUA